AUGAUUCAGUUUAAUACUCCAAUAUUCAGAUUUGACUCAAUAAUAUAUUUAUUACACAAAUCGUUGAUUUACCUGAUUCUUUUCACCCCAAUGUCCAAGCCAUACAAACUUGCUGAACUCAUCUACAAGUACAACGCAUUGGAACCGUACAUCGAUACGGAGACCAUGGAAACACAUCACCUGAAGCAUCACGCUGGUUACGUUGCAGGAACAAACACCAUCCUUGAGAAAGUGAACCAGGGAAAAGACCUCCAUGAGGUGAUUGAAGAAAUCACAAAACUCAAGGCACAGUUUAAUCAGGCAGACUACAAGUUGUUGCUGCUGAUGUGUGGUGGCCACUACAACCACAGUCUCUACUUCAAGAUGAUGCUUCCACCAAGCAAGAAGAAGGCUGAAGAACUGAUUGAUCCAUCACUGUUGAAAAUGAUUGAGAAGCAGUACAAGACACUCUCCAAUUUGAUUGAUCUCUUUGCAACAAAGGCGUUGAGUGUGGUUGGAUCUGGCUGGAUUUGGCUCUGUCUCGUUGAUGAGGAGGUCUCUGCUGAAUACGGCUAUGAAACAGGAACAAUUACAGGGGCAGUUGUUGACGUAACUAAGAAGAUUGAACCAACACUGGUUUUGGUGAUGACCAAGAACCAGGAGAGUCCAAUGAUGUAUUCUAAGGCGUAUAAGCCACUGCUAUGCAUGGAUGUGUGGAAGCAUGCCUACUACCUGAAGCAUAAGUCACAGAGAAAGGCGUACGUCUACGACUUCUUCAAAGUGGUGAAUUGGGACUUUGUAUCGGUGAUCUACAGGGAGAUUAGAGACGGAAAGAAGCAGAUUGGAGUGGAUUACGAUGGUGAAGUCGUCUUCAAGGACGUGGCAGAGGAGUCACACCAGACAUUUUAG